GAAUAAAAAUUGAAAAGUCAGAAGUUCGUUGCAAAAAUUGAAUUACGAAAAAAUGCGGUCUUUUCAGUUUUUAAUUUUUAUCUCAGAAACUAAACAUCGUACAAUUAAACUGUAAUCAUAAAAAAGUUUCGUUUUGUCAUUCUCUAUAAGGUGAUAUUUUUUAUAAAUUCGAUUGUUCGACUGUUGUUUCGCUUUCUUUGAGAAAACAACAACAGGAUCAGACCACUAUGAGAUCUCAUGAAAAAGAUCAUCUACAUUUUCUAUUUUUAUUUUUGAAACUAAACGUCCUAUGAAUAAACCGUAAAUAUAAAAAAGUUCCGUCUUAUCAUUCCCUAUAAGCUUAUAAUUUUUUAAGAUUCACACCUCUACGCCUCUUAAAAUUUCCAGCACAAAUCCUUCCGCAGUCAAAGAGUAAAAUUCAAUACAGCGCCAUCGGAUUUAUAACUUCUCCAAAGGAAGACAAAUGUAAUUAAUACGUGUAGUACAUAAAUGAGUCGAACUACUAUCACAGCUUGCAUAGGUGCAUAGAAAUUAAUUAGCGUAAACUGAGCCAGUCUUUGUUAAAAAAAGUUGUUGGGAUGUAAACUGACGCUGUUUUUUCUUCUCCAAUCCUAACACGAAAGAAGGCAUUAGCUUAUAGUACCAAGAUGCUAACCAGGUAGUAUGCAAUCCGAUUAACAGGUACGGUUAGUCGCUGGACCCUUGCCAAUACCAUUGCCACGAGAUUACAGCGGCCUGAUGCAACUAGAAGGUGCAACUAGGGGCCCCAUAGUCUUAGGUUGCGCAGUGCCGCUGGUACCCGAGAGGCCUGUGCCAAAUUCCACUGUCCCGGAGCUCCUCGAGCUGGUUGCCACAGGAACAACGGCACCUCGCGUGAAAAGGGCGCGGUUAGGCUGUCCUUCUGAAGCGCGGUUGCUAGCCUCGCCGAAGAUGCAGCGGUUACUCUCAGCCUGCAGAAGAGCCCUGGACCAGAGAGCAACGGAACCCCGCGUCGCGCCCCCGAAACCACCCAGCAGCAAUGGCCAACUGAAGGAGCUCCACUUGAAGGAGAUCAAAUCGAAAACAGAAGCGAAGCCGAUCCUCCAGAGUCUGAAGGAGGGCCUGGAACACAUAAAGAGAACGACUAUCAGGGAUCGCAGCAAUAGUCGAACGAGCACUAACAACAACAGCAUCCUCGACAGAAUCUCGAGGAUAGCCCAGGGCGGAAGGAGCAGGAACCCCGCCAAGAAGUCAGCCUCCUUCACGUUCGCUGUUCGCCCGGAAAUCGGCAUGAGGUCCGAAAGAUAUGCCAGUUUAGAAUCGGAGACGAAUCUAUUGCAAGCGUCCGCUUCUUCGAGGCAGCAGGUUCAACGGUCGGUCUCCACCAGCGUGCUGGAGGUUCAAACCCAGCAGGACCUGGAUCCACCGUACUCCAAGGUCAGAGACAGCCUGACGCCCCUACCAUCGACACCGCCACCUAAAACAGAGGAGAUCUACGCUGAGAUCUGCGAACCCACCACCAGCCCGCCUGAAGAGAAGCCACCGCCACCUGGAGGGAAGAAUAGGACCAGAGAGAAGGACAGGGGCUACGUGAAGCUGGCGCUGUCGCACUCCGAGAUCACUGACGCGAAUACUGAAGAUGAAGAAGGGAUUUACAAUACAGUCUGCUGAUCGUGAUUCCUCCUGGACCAGGGAUUCGCUGCAUGCUCCAGAGACUUGGGCACGAUGAAGGUUUCAGAAUGAGUUCACUGAUUAGCCACCGAGAACUUAGACAAGAAAUUCUCCAGAGUUAUAGAUCGGGGAUUGUACUGCUGGUGAAGGGCUGAAGCUAGAGGUCCUAGACCUAAUCCAGACCUAACCUAGCAAGACCGGUGUACCAACUGAAAUCGAGACCACCGAUUUAAUUAAGAGUAGCCAUUUUGGAUUCUCCAGUUGCUCCGAGUCUACCUUAUCCACCUGUCUACCCAGGCCUAACCUAGCAGUACCGGUGUACAAUUCCCACUGAAAUCGAGACCACCGAUUUAAUUAAGAGCAUUCAUUUUAGAUUCCCCAGUUGCUCCAGAGUCUACCUUGUCCACCCGUCUACCUCUCCACCUAGUCGAGCAUUCGUCACUGGACUCGUGAACCUCGUGGACAUCCAACGCAUCGAAAUUAGCCGUCGAAGUUCAUUGAUAGAGAUAACACGCGACUUCCUGGAUCGAACUGGAGAACCGUUCGGGCUGAAACGGUGGAGCGAUGCACCGACGGGAUUUACAACGCCAUUUGCCGUAGAAAUUAUCCCUUCGAGGUCUUUUUCUCCCCUUUUUCCGCGCUGAGAGCAGCGGCGUCCUUCACGGGGAACCGGGCGGAAGAUUUACAAGGCUGUUGACCGGGGAAAAUGAGCGCGUAAUUACGGUCCCGUGCGUGUAUGGAGGAUGUAGCGGGACGCCGCGCGACUUCCGGUACCGAGGAAUCUGUGCUGCGGCUGAUCGAUAUUAUUAGAACCGAUCGAUCCUUAGUAUUCGACGUCCCGAAGCAUCCGCGAAGCGAGAUCCCUUCAUCUGAGAGCUGUGACGGCGGAGUGACUGGACUAAAUUUGUAAAGUAUCGGCGGUACGAAGGGACGGUGGGUGGUCUUUUUAAAAUGGUUCCUUAUUGCAAGAGAUAUUCCCUUAAAAAUUUGUUGACUGCCACGUUUUUUCGCCAAGAAACAAAAUUAAUUAAUUUUGAAUGUGAGGUUAGAAAGAUUAUUUUUCCAAAAAUAUUGGUCCGGCUGGAAUAAUGGGGUGAUCUUUUUAAAAUGGUUUUUUAUUGUAAGUAGAGAUUUUCUCUUAACACUUUGAUUGCCACUUUUAUUCACCAAGAAACAAAAUUAAUUAAUUUUGAAAGUGAGGUUAGAAAGAUUAUAUUUCUAAAAAUAUUAGUCUGGCUGAACUAAUGGGAUGGUCUUUUUAAAAUGGUUUCUUUCUGCAAGAAGAGAACCAAAAUUAAUAAAUUCUAAAGAUGAGGUUACAGAAUUAUUAGGAUGGCCAAAAAUUUCAUUCGGUUUGUGAUGAUGGUUGUUUCACUACAGUUACAAUCUUCUUCAAACGCAAAAUCAUGAAUUUUUCCAAAAGAUAGUAAAAGAUCAUAGAACAAAAUAAACAAUAUGUUACCGAGUGAAUAUAUUUCCUCUUCUAAAAAAAAAAUUGUUUGUGCCUUAAAAUCCGAACGGACUUUUUAACUAACCCAACAAUAUUUUUCCAAAAAUAUUAGUCCGGCUGUCAACAUGUUAACCGUAGUCUUCUGGACGUCUACCGACAUCAGGUCUUCUCAAUCCUAGAUGGACGAGAUGAAGACGACAAUCGUGUACCAUUUUGUACAUUUGUUGGUACCCCUAGCGUAGCGGCUGAAGCAGCCUCCAGGCAUUUUGUACAUUUGUUAAUACUCUGCGUGCUGGUUGUGAUGAGCGCAAGAAAACAUUUGUAAUUUUCUUACUGUAUAGUUAUUAUUUUAAAAUACACUCAUUUGC